AAUCGAACGACAUGAAAAGAAAGAAGGCGAUCCUCUCUGGUCCGCGAGCGAGAGAGCAGUGAGAAGGAAAAGGGAAGCCCCGCCUGCAGUUCAAUCAACAGAGAGAUACGCAAAAUUAGUGCAAUAACACCCAUUCAUCUCUAGCGAUUUGCGGGCUUUCUCUUCCUCUUCUUUUUUUUCUUCACCGUUUUUUCUCCUACUUAAAUCUCUGUCAAUUCAUCUACCAGAAGAACUUGAAGAAUUCGAGAAGAAAUUAGGGUUCCAUUCGGAGCGAUGUCGAAGAAGAAAGUCAGUGGUAAUACUAUGACGCUCAAGGACUUCCACGGCGGCUCUAUCCCCACUGAUCUCCCUCUCCCGUCUGCUCCUGGGGUAAACGUUAGACCUUCGGAUCGAACUAGUUUCGAUCGUCCUACAUCGUGGGGGAACCCAAUGAACAGGUCGGACCCUCGGUCUAGGCCGCAUUCCUCUCCGGCAACCAGGCAUUUUGAUGACAAAACUCCAUUUCUCGCUCCUACUGCACACAUUGGCCGGAAUUUCGACGAGGAUGAAAGGAAGCCCCUCGGCGGUGUAACUUCCCCACGUCGAACCAUCAGCGAUGAGAGCAUUAGGGUUCUGCCUAGUCGUUCAGAGUUAAAGCCUGAUUAUGAAUCCAGUGGGAGGAGGUUCGCUCCGAUGUCGCAGUUCCCAACUGCUGGUGUGGUAAAUUCGUACGCAGGGAGAGUCAGUGACGCCCUCCACGCAGGGGCAAUUUCUCAGAAUUUAGGUGGCGGCAGCGGGAUGGCUUUUUCUGGGUCUCAUCCAAAUGCUUGGCAAGCAAGGAAGGAGGUGGUUUCUAGGGUUAACGAGCAUUCACAUUCUGCAUGGGAUGAACCGAGCACUGUCUCAAAGCUUGCUCACGCUAGUGCUCUCGAAAAGGUGUCUUCAGGGAGGUGGCAGUCAAAGCAGUCCGUUCAUUAUCAAACGGAUGUUGUCGUUGCUGCAUCCUCGGAACCGGAUAUUAAAGUACAGCCAAAGGGUUAUGGUAGUUCCGUUGGCAGGGUGGAUGGAUUGUAUGGUAGGGAACAUCGUGACGCAUCAUUAGCUAGGCAUGCUGAAAGAGGACUUGGCAUAGAUAAUGAAACUGAGGCACAUAGACAAGAUUUAUCAGAGCAUGAUAGGGUCGCAGUCCCUAAAUAUCAUCCUGUAAAAGAGAGAUCUUCCAAAAUGGAUGCUGCUGUAGUUCAAAAUUCUGAUCCUAAUCAAAUGGCUGGUGGACGUGGAUCUGAUUUGCUUCAUCCUGUGAGUUCAUUAGUGUCAGAGCGCCCAAAGUUGAAAUUACUUCCAAGAACAAAGCCAUUGGCAGGCUCAGAACCAAAUACUGUUGAUCAUACGCAGAUGAUUUCUGAUGCUGUUACUGCUGAAAAUGUGAAUGAAAUGUAUGGAAAUUCAAUUUCUGUGAAACCUAGCUCAGCUGGCUCUGAGAGUGGGAAGGAGGGAAUUGAGCGUCCAAAAUUGAAUUUGAAGCCUCGUUCACAAUCCACUGAACAAUCGGAAGGAAAUUCUGGGAGAGACAGGAUUGCGUUGUUUGGUGGUGCUCGCCCACGGGAGCAGGUUCUGAAGGAACGAGGGCUUGAAAAUACCACAAUUAACAACAAUGAUCUUGUACAAAAUUCCGAAAGGAUUGACGAAAAUUUUUCAAGGACUGAAAGGGUUCAAGGACCCCCUGUUCCUGUGCAUCAGUCUGGAAAAAUGGAGAAUCCAUCUUUUGAUCGAAGGAUAGGUAAGGAGGGUGAGAGGAAGGAUAACAGGGCAGAUCCAGAGAUGCAAAGGAGGAAUUUCCGUGAUAACCGAAGGAAGAAUAGAGAAACUGAAAAACAACAGCAGCAGCAGCUGGAGCGGCCACCUUCACCAGAGACUUGGCGCAAGCCUGCUGAGCAGCAGCAGCCGAAACCUGCCUCAAACGCUGUUGGUUUGCGUUAUGGGAAAGUAGCUUCUGCCCUUGAGCUGGCUCAAGCCUUCUCUAGAUCAGUCUCAGAUUCUAACGUGCCCGAUAGGGUUCCCAGUCAAAGGAACCUGCCAGGCCGGUCUCAGAUGCCUUUUUCGCGCCUAAUGGGUCCAUCCCCUAGACCUCAAAUUAAUGGUUAUUAAAAUAGCAACCCUUCUCGGUCGUCGGAAAAAGAACAAAGAAAAAAAAGAAAGGAAAGGAAAUGGGUGGGAACAAACGCAAUAAACAAAAAGAAGUUGAAACUUUUAGUUUGUUGUUUGGCUUUGCUACGUGGUGGAAACGAUUGUAUUGACAGUGAAACAUGGCAGCUGCUUCAUUAAUUUUCAUGGCGAAACUUUAUGAA